AUGGACUCCCAGACGCAGUUGCCAACUUUCACGCUUGCGAUCUACGUCGGAGUGCUGGCGGGGCUUGUGGUCUUUGCUGUGGCCUUCACUAUGCUGCGCGUGUACGCAUACCGUCACCGACUUUCGACUGUCACAAUGAGCGCCAGCUACGACGCCAACGCAGAUGCGAACAGCAACGCGUUGAUAGCGACUACGCUGAGUGCACUGGGCAGCCCGCUACCAGAUUAUCCGGAUGAGCCGCCUGCUACUAGCAAAAUAUCGGUGAUCUCCAGUUUCGGCAACAACCGCUGGCAGCAAGUCAAGAGCUUUAUCGCUCGUGUACGCGACCGAGGAUUUGCUGCGUGGUCUUCGCUACGCCAACGACUCGCUACGCGUAGAGCGGCCAAGGCAACAGCUUCGAAGCCUGAAUACCGCGUUUCGCAUGUUGACGUUGAGAUCGCCACGCCAUGCAAUAACCAAGCUAAGGGUCCCUGCCAGCUCAGUUUAUUUCAGUCCCCGACAUCGAACGACAUCGGUAUGAUCUAA